UUUUGAUCCUUCUUCUACGCAACGUUAACCUACAGGAGACAUCGCUGCCUGCUGAAACUACUGUCAAACCGCCUAGCUUUAUUAUAAAUGUACUAUGUGGUAACAGCGACACGUUUAAUUCCCACACCUGACUUACCAGUUAACGUUACGUUUAGAAAUCACAACAUUAAGCUUUUAAAGCUUACUAAGCUUUAGUUAGCAGCAAGCUAGCAUCAGCAUCAUUUGUGACGACUAUGGCGGCAGUUGACAGCUUUCAGUUUUUGUAUAGAGAAGUUUCUCGGUCAUGCAGUCCUUACUUGGAAACCCUGGCCCUGGUCGGUGCUCUUUACACGGCCAGAAGGGCAAUAAUACUGCUGAGAGACUGCUGCGCGUUGCUCAGGGUGCAUUUCCUGCCAAGAAUGAUCCCGAGUAAGAAGCUGACCCAAAUAUUUGGUGACUGGGCUGUCGUUUAUGGUGCAGCAGAGCCUGUGGCCAAAGCCUAUGCAGAGGAGCUGGCCAGACAUGGUAUCAGCAUUAUCUUUGUCACAAAGGACCACACCUCCGUUAGAGACACCGCUGCAUCCCUCUCCCAUAGCUACGGAGUGGAAACGGUUGUCAUCCUAGCUGACUUCUCUUUGGACCCGGCAGCCAGCAAGUCCAUCGAAGAAGCCAUGAGGGGUAAAGAUAUCGGCUUCCUAGUGAACUGUGUGGAGUCUUUGUCUCCCCCUCAGAGCCUGAUUGAAAUGCCUGAGCAGGCUCUGUUGAAUUUUGUGAAUAAGAACGUUGCGGUCGCUACUCUGAUGACCCGGUUGGUGCUGCCAGGGAUGCUGGAGCGCAGCAGAGGAGCUGUGGUCAAUAUAUCAUCGGGGGCUUGCACCAGACCCCUACCUGGAAGAGUGACCCUCACCGCCUCCGCUGGCUACCUGGAUCAUUUCUCAAGAGCUCUUCACCUUGACGGCAAAGGGAUCUUUGUCCAAAGUCUGAUUCCUUUCCAGAUAGCCUCAAGUGAGCAACAACCAUCAUCAUCAUCAUCGACACCAUUAUCCAGACAGGGCUGGUUCGUACCAAAGCCAGAGGUUUAUGCCCGCCAUGCCAUCUCCACCCUGGGCGUCUCUAAUAGGACCACUGGCUACUGGCCUCACACACUGCAGUACGGACUGAUAAAAUGUAUUCCAGAAUGGAUCUGGGUUCUUGGCUCACGUGUGCUAAUCAGUUCAAGCUAAGAGCUCACCUCUCCACCCUUCACUAAAGACUUAACCCAGUUACUGGAUCUUCUUGUUCCUGGAGUCAUGUAGAGUUUUAGUUUCUUGUGCCAUUGGUUUAAAUUUGGUAAACUCUCAGGCUCUGUUAAGGUUGGUAGUUAAAGAGAUUUACAUACUUCUGUAUUACUAUAUGGUCUGACCAAUCUGUAAUGUCCUAAAUUAUCUAUAGAAAGCAGACAACCGUGGCCGGGUUGGCUCGGUUGGUAGAGCGGGCGCACAUAUAUCUCUCCCCUUUUCGUAUCUAGCUGUCCUGUCCAUUAGAGGUGGAAAUGCCCCAAAAAAUGAUCUUUAAAAAUAAUUAAAAAAAGAAAGCAGACAACCUAAUGAUACAUGUCGAAAUGGUGGCCAGACGUGAGGUUGGAAUCUGAGUUUGACUUUUAGUUAGUAUUGUAAACUCGUUGAUUAGCAUUGGAGCAUAAUAAUCUUACAUCAUUUGGUUUGGCGCCUGAAAUAAAGUGGAUAAAUCCAUUUUAUUCCUAUGGUUUUAACACUUUAAACUGUCGGAUAAGAAUGUUUUUCAAAUCAGUGUACCACCAACAUGAAUCAUAAAGGCAUGGUUCAUUGAAUAUAAAACUGAAUGCAAAAUUACUUUAUUUUUCUAUUUAUUUAAAAAAAGUUGCACACUGAAAUAAUUUUGUUCUGUAAAACGGAGCUCAGUAUAGAAGCGCAGGUGAGAUCAAAAGCCUCACCUCAAAUGUUAAGAUUAAAAAAACAAACAAGAAAGCACUCUGUAACCAUAAAAGAAACAUUCAUAAUCCUCAUAAUAACAUGAAAUUAAUUUUUGAUCUCCAAGAAUUCUUUGCAUCUGCUUUAACCUGUAUCCUGUGUAAUCUAAUGCUAUCCAAAUGGGUUUGUUAUGUAUGCUCUGAUGUUCACUGUGCUUUAUAAAAAAGUGUUUGCUGACUUUUGACUUUCCAGUCCUUUUGGUUGUACCACUUUUUACCAGCACUGACCAUGCUUACAGUAAGCAUUGUGUGUGUGUGUGUGUGUGUGUGUGUGUGUGUGUGUGUGUGUGUGUGUGAUAGCUUUAAGUGUCACUGCUCAGAGUACAACAUUCAAGCAUCACUGGGAGUGAAUUUGAAAUGCGAUUAAGAGUGAGAUUGUGAUGGGUUUUUUUUGUUGAGAAACUAUAUUUAAGCUACAUUUAGUAUGUGUAGGUAUUUCUUUUUAAAAAUGUAUUUAUUUUAAGAAAUGUGAACAGAUUCAGAUAUAUUGUGUUGAGUGGUUGCUUACACAUACAGUACAGUAUAUACCAGUGUUAACCUAAAUAUGAUGUGUGUCAUCAGAGUACAACAAAAACAAUAAAUCUCAUUCUCCCUUCC